GCGCCUACCACGCCAAAAUGGCAACCCUCACCUCCCUCAAACAUUCCUUAGUCCAGCGCGUCCAAAAAGAAUCCUCAAAACAACCCCUGUCCGACGCACAAUACACCGCGGGCUUCGACGUCCUAGUGCGCGACUCAGAACGCACGACGUACCGCGACUUCAUCAUCCCUCAACUAUCCCAACUUCUGACUUCUCUUCUCGAAUCGCGGACCCGUGUCUCGGUGCUGGAAAUCGGGCCCGGACCGAAGAGUGUGCUGGAAUGUCUUCCCAGCCAACUGAGGCGCAGAGUGGGGAGAUAUGCUGCGUAUGAGCCUAACGCUUUGUUUGCCGCGAGGCUGGAGGAGGGGCUUUGCUGUAUGUCUGAGACGGAGGGUGCGCUGCCUUGUUUGGAGAGUGCGGCGGAUAUUCGACGGCUGCCGUUUGAGCUAGGGAGUACCGACAGCGAGACAUACGAUGUUGUUCUGUUCUGCCACAGCAUGUACGGCAUGAAGCCUAAGCGCAGCUUCAUCGAGCGGGCGCUGAGCAUGCUUGCCGAGCGGCCUGGGGGUGGGAUGGUGAUAGUCUUCCAUCGGGACGGGGUGCUGGAUCUCGACGGCUUGGUGUGCCAUCGCACAGCGUGUUUUCCUGCUGGAGUUGUUCGCGUGGCGGACGAGGAUGAGGUGCUGGAUUGCUUUGCUGAUUUCGUCGUGGGGUUCAGCGUGGACGGUAAUGAAGCUGUUCGAAAUGAUUGGCGUAAGGUGUGCCGUGCUUUGGGCCGUCGCGAGGAGGCUCAUCCAGGGCAUCUCGUGUUCAGCGCGCCAAAUGUCAUGGUGGCGUUUACUCAACAUGCAACCUCGUUGUCGGGACUGACGGCGCUGGUGCCAUUAGUGGAGGGUGAGAAGACGAUUAAGAAUCGGGAGGCUCGUGUCCACCGUCCCGCCGCGGUUGUCAGGCCGACAGAGGUUCAGCACGUUCAGCAGUGCGUUCGAUGGGCUUUGGAUCACGGGGUCGGCCUGACUGUUGUUGGUGGGGGUCACAGCGGCCACUGUCUCUGGCCAAAUGUCGUAUCAGUCGACAUGGGCGCCUUUGACCAAGUACACAUCCUCUCAGCAGGUGUGGAUGGAGGAAAUCAUUCCGGUUCGUUGGUGGUCGCUGGGGCUGGGUGCAAGACGGGGGACAUCAUCAGCAAGGCCAUGGCGGCGGGUGUGACAGUACCUCUGGGGUCUCGACCAAGUGUGGGUGCUGGGCUCUGGUUACAAGGAGGCAUUGGACACUUGGCUAGGUUGCACGGGCUUGCUUGCGACUCCAUUAUCGGUGCCGUCUUGGUCAGCGUCAACUCGAGCGAGAUUCUCUACGUCGGCCACGUCCCAAGCCAGCACCGUCCAGCCGGAGCUGUUCGACCGGAGAACGAAGACGAUCUGCUAUGGGCGAUAAAAGGCGCUGGGACCAACUUCGGCAUCGUCCUCAGCGUGACUUUCAAGGCUUACCUGGCUCCGACCUACUUGGUUCGUAACUGGGUUGUCCCGCUGAGCAACGAUGUGGAGGCUCGGGUCAAGCUCAACGAGUUCGAUGACUUGGUCGCCAGCAAACUCCAGCCGAACUGUUCUGCAGACGCGUAUCUAUAUUGGGAUGCCAACCAGCUGCAUCUCGGCGUGACCAUGUACGAGUGUUCCACGAAUAGUCUCACUUCUGCAACACAUGCGCCCACACCGAUGAGUGCAGUCUGGGGGCCAGAGAAUGAUGUCAAGGUCGUAGACAGCGUCGGCUUGUUCGAGACGGAGAUGUACAUGUCUGGCAUGCACGGCGGGCACGGUGGCGACAAGACGUCGUCGUUCAAGCGAUGCUUGUUUCUAAAACACAUUGGAGAAGCGACCAUCGCCGAUUGCCUAGUGGCAGCCGUCAAGACGCGUCCUUCACCACUUUGCUAUCUCCAUCUACUGCAUGGCGGCGCAGCGGUUAGUGACGUUCCGGCCGAUGCUACUGCGUUUGGCUGUCGGGACUGGGACUUUGCCUGCGUGAUAACCGGCGUCUGGCCGCGCGACCAAGAUGGUACCGAAGCCGCAUCCUCAGCCGUGGCAUGGGUUUACAGUGUCGCCGAGGACCUGUUGUCGUUGAGCAGUGGAGUUUACGGGGCAGAUCUUGGACCUGACCCCAGAGAUGACGCACUAGCGGUCAAAGCUUUCGGAUCGAACCGUCAACGCCUUGCCCGUCUUAAGCAUAGCGUCGACCCACGUCGCGUGCUAGCGUAUGCUUGCCCUCUCCCGAAAACCCUCACGGAACCGAAGCUCAUCAUUCUUGUCACGGGUGAGUGUGGCGCCGGCAAGGACUACUGUGCCGAUGUUUGGGUCUCUAUCUUCACGCAAACCAGCCUCACGGCGUGUGCAGUCAGCAUCAGCGAUGCGACCAAGCGGGAGUACGCCGUAGCUACUGGUGCCGACCUGAGUCGCCUGCUUUACGACCGUGUCUACAAGGAGCAACACCGGCCAACAUUGACAGCAUUUUUCCAGGAACAGGUGCAGCAACGACCUCGCCUGCCAGAGGAGCAUUUUCUGGAUGUUGUGCACGGCGCCGGAGAAGUAGAUGUGCUGCUCAUCACUGGCAUGAGGGAUGAGGCGCCCGUUGCGACCUUCUCGCAUCUGGUGCCAGACAGUAGACUCCUUGAGGUCCAUGUCCAAGCUAAUGAACAGACGCGGCGGGUUCGCCGAGGAUACCACAAUGGCGACAGCAAGCUCACCAACAAUAUUACCCCGACCUCAACGACCUCAUACCACCACCCCAGUAUCGCAUUUGCCAACAACAAUCCCGGAACCUCAGCCGCAGAAACGUUCGCCCAACAACACCUCCUCCCUUUCUUCCACGCCGACCUCCACCGCCUAGCCACCAUGGUGCGCUCAGUUCCCGAUUUCCCCCGCCCAUCCAUCUCCUUCCGCCACGUUCUCGGCAUCGCCCAGCAGCCCGGCGGCCUGUCCCUAUGCACAUCCCUCCUCCUCACUUAUUUCGCCGGCUCCUGGGCCAAUGUCGACGCCAUCGCGUGCUGCGAGGCAGGCGGCUUCAUCUACGCAUCCGCACUGGCCUCGCGCGUCAACGUGCCCCUGAUACUAAUCCGCGAGGCGGGCAAGCUACCUCCUCCCACUGUGUCUGUUGUCAAGACGGCGUCGCAUAUCUCGUCUGUCACAGCUAGCAGGUCGGGGGAGAAGAGGAUCGAGAUGGAGAGCGGUGUGCUUCGCAGGGGCGCUAGGGUUGUCGUGCUGGAUGAUGUUCUGGCUACGGGUGAGACGCUUUGUGCCGUGCUGCAGUUGCUGGGGGAUGCUGGGGUUGGCGCAGAGUGUGUGGGUGUUUUGGUUGUAGCUGAGUUCCCAGCGCAUCGGGGGAGGGAGAUGCUGCGGAGGCGAGGGUUUGGUGAGGUGCAUGUUCAGAGCUUGUUGGUGUUUGGGGGUGCUUAGAGGAGGAUAUGGGAGGCUUGGGAUUGUGAUAGUGUUAGAUAUCGUGUAAUGUGUGGGAUUGGCAUAGUUUGGACCUUUGUCCCCAUAUAGAAUGGUAAAUAGAGGGGUUAGACUCAACGGUGGCCAACGUGGUACUGUGACUAGUCGCUACUCAUAUGCCACAUGACUCCCUUCUUACUGAAUAUAAAAGAG